AUGGACGUAGAUCACGAAGUAAAGUUGCUUGUUGAUGCCAUCAACAGAUUAGGAACCAAGGGUGCCAACGGAAAGGUAUCUGUUAAAUACGGUGUCCUCUUCAACGAUGAUGAAGUCGCAAACACUUUUGAAGCUUUAGUUGGAACCUUAAAGGCUGCCAAGAAGAGAAAGAUCCUCACUUAUGACGGUGAAAUCUUACUCCAACGUGUUCACGACAAUGUAGAUGUCAUUUUACUCUAA